CACCUCCCCUCCUCUGAGUCAAACUCCAUUCUCAAUCCCAAGUACAUCUCUAAAUCGCCAUAUUGGGUACUGAGAACGUUUGUCCGCAGUUCCUCUCACUACGGGACGAAUUUGACAGAGCGGCUUCAGUUCCUGGGCACUUUGUUUUGAUGAUCCGCGGAGACUACUUUCGGCUUCAAAACACCGCGGCAGUUACCGUUUCCAGCCCGACGUAUGCAUGGCAUAAGUCGUUUUACGCUUGUUUUGGAUCUUGCUCAGCGACGAGGAGAUACCCGUUGUUUUUGAGCGGUGUGUUUUUCUUUUGAAAACUGGACGCUGUCGGCUGUUUGAAAAUUUUUUGUCUUAAUUUAGUGGGAAAUGUCAGAUGUUCGACUAUCAAACGGGAGCCCGACUUUGGAGCGGACGGACUCCCGGGUGUCGGAUCACCCGAAACCGUCAGCUUGCAGAAGCCUGUUCGGCUCGGUGGAUCACGAAGAGUUAAAGAGGGAUUUAAAGGGACAUUUGCGGGAGAUGGAGGAGGCUGCCUCCGCCAAGUGGGGCUUCGACUUCGCCAAUCACACGCCGCUGGCCAACGGCAGGCUCAAGUGGGAAUUAGUGGAUUGCAGAGACGUCCCGAAUUUCUACAACAAGCAACCGCGGAGGGAGAAGAGCGUCUGCUCUGCUGGGAAUAACAAUGUGGAUCUAAAUGGGAAUCAUAAUUGUGUUGUGGUGGCUCCGAGCGAAGACACCGACAGGUCUGACGCGCAGAUGGAGCGCACGGAACAGUGCACCGGGCUGAGGAAAAGACCUGCAUGUCGCGACCCCUCGGCUCAAAAUAAGAGGUCACACACCAGCUCAGAUGAGGUUACUUGUCCAAGCCUGGGCCACUCUACAGAACACACACCCAGAAAGACCAGUCCCAAGAGGCAAACGUGAGGGCCAGGAACGAGCCGAAGAUGUAUUUCCCCGGUUACGUGGGAAACCUCAGUGUUGGCCGAUUUUGGAAGAGGAACUACACAGCAUCAGAAACAUAUCAACUCUCCUGAAGAUGGGGGAGGACGCUGUUGAAGCACUGAAUAGAAACACUAAAGUUGUGGCACUCAAUUAAAAAGUUACUGCCUCUAAAAGCAGUCAAUGUAGCAGUAUGCAAUUAGGUUUGAUUUCCUUUUUUGCUCCUUUUUUUACUACCUGUGUGUAAAUAAAUAUACAUAUUAUAUUAUAUUUCUCUCCAUAUGUAGCACAUAAGAAAAUAUUAUGAUUUGAACACAAAUCCUUUUAUGUAAAAAAGUGUGAAUUUUUGAUUUGACUUGAAGAAUUGCAGUGUAGUUUGAUACAUGUUUCCAAAAUGCUGUUCUGUUUUUUGUCAUUUUAUUUUCUGAAAAGCAGUGUGACUUUGGCACGGUCCCUAAUUGCUACAUUUAAAACAAAAUCAUGGCUUCUUACAGUUUCUUAACAGUGUAUCUUCACUCCGUCAUCUUCCUAACUCAGCAGUGAAGAAUGGUACAAAUGUAGCUCAUCUGUUUUUUUUUUCUUCCUUUGGUCACUUCAUUGUCACCAAGUGCAGGUUCUUCUAUUAGAUCUAUUUCCCCAGGAAAUCAACACAGACAAAAAAAUAAUUAAUAUUUCUGUUAGGACUUCCUUUACAUCACCUGAUAUUUAUUUUUUGAAAGGUGCUUUUAGCAUCAGUUGAAUCCUGGAAUAUGAUUUUAUUUUUUUUCCAAGUUCUCCUGCACACCUCAGCCACAUGUAAUGGUGUGUUUGAUUUGGAGUUGUGAGGUACUGUGAUAUUGAAGGACAAAGACCAUACAAACUGCACAGCUUGUGUUUUAAAGUCAUCCUCUCCUUGACUUGAUUCCUUUUGUUUCAUCAGCCUUAAUGCUCUUCACAGAGGAGGUAUUCUGAAAAGGGUUGAAUGUCCUACAAUACCAAAAACAUGGUUGCUUCAGUAUGGUUGCCAGCACUGCCUGUGCGCCUUAAUUGACUUCACAUUUUUUUGUGAUAACGUAGAUAUAAAUUUCCAUUUGUUUGUACUUGUUUCACCAAUGUUGUUAGCCUGCUGAGGAUGCAAAUGUGCACAUCACAAGCAUCUAAAAGCUUCCCUUUAUUUGCCUAAAGUGUAGGAUAUAUUCAAAGAGACCAGUGUACAUCUGGAUGGAGAGAGAACAGAAUUGCAGUCACCAUGCCUGUGUAUUUGUGUAAAUCUUUGCAAUGUACCAAUGUACAUAAUUUUGUAAAAACACUGAGAAAUUAUACUAACUUAUUUAUGUCAAGCUUUUUUUUAUGUAGAAUAAAAAAUGGGGUUUUGAUUACGGUUAUCCAAAGUGGCAUUUACUUUAUUAUAAUUGUCUUAUUUUGUUAAAGCAUAUUUUUGGUAGUUUUUUUUCUUAUCAAUAAGGUUGCAAACUGAGCCUGAUAAAAUAUUUGAUGUGCAUUUUGUAAUGUGUGGUUAUAAAAUGUGUUGAAAUCAAUUAAAAGA